CAACUUUCGCAUUCUCAUUCCCUUCUAUAGAAGAUUCUUAUGGCUCGUACGAAGCAAACCGCAAGAAAAUCCACGGGAGGCAAAGCCCCAAGGAAGCAGCUGGCAACGAAAGCAGCCAGGAAAUCAGCUCCGGCCACCGGCGGAGUGAAGAAGCCUCACAGAUUCCGUCCCGGAACGGUGGCGCUGAGGGAGAUCAGGAAGUACCAGAAGAGCACUGAGCUUCUGAUCCGUAAGCUUCCUUUCCAGCGUCUUGUUCGUGAGAUUGCUCAGGAUUUCAAGACCGAUCUAAGGUUCCAGAGCAGCGCCGUGGCGGCUCUUCAGGAAGCGACAGAGGCUUACCUUGUUGGAUUGUUCGAAGACACGAAUCUUUGUGCGAUUCAUGCAAAGAGAGUCACCAUCAUGCCUAAGGAUAUACAGCUCGCGAGGAGGAUACGAGGUGAAAGAGCUUAGAAGAAUUUUUUGUGCAAUCUAUGAUGUAGAGAGCUUGGCUCGUUUUUAAUUAUUUUGUUUGUUUGUGUGUUGUUUAUGUUAAAAGAGUCGUUAAGGUGUUUGACGAAAUAUCCCAAUGCAAAAGUUCUCUUGUUUGAUAUUAAAGCUUAUUUGAAGAUUUCUAUUUAUACAUUUAUCUUUGUUUGUUUGAUCACACAGCCGUUUCUCAUGUUGAUCAAAAUCAUAUAAUCUUCAAAGCAUUGAAACAGACAGUU